CCGCCUCCCCUCAUAACCCCAACCCAAAGCCCACAAAUCGGCCAGCCCGCCCCGAGCCCCAAUCCAUGGACGCGAGCGGGAAGGCGGCGACCACGAUGGCGAGGAGAUCCGCCUCCCCCAGCUCCACCCCCACCACCGUGACCCCCGGCUCCACCGCCUCCUCCUGCUCCUCCAACUCCGACCCCGCGCUGCGGACGCCCGCGCCCGCCUACCUCGUCCCGUCGGCGCGCCCAGCCGGCGGCGGGGCCGAGGGCGGAAGGGAAUACUACUCCGGCUGCCGCAAGGACGCCAACUGCGCCUGCGAGAUCUGCCUCGCCAGCAUCAACGCCACGCGGGACCUCCUCCCGCCCGAGGCCGCCUCCGCGCGCCGCUGCUUCGCGGCCGCCGCCAGGGACCGGAGGCCUGGGACGCGCUCCCUCUUCCUCGCCCGCGACGGCGGCACUACGCCCGGGUCCGCAGUCACCGAGCCGUGGACGCCGCCGCUGCGCUCCACCGCCAAGUCGAGGCGGGACGCGGCGGCCGCCAAGGCCCGGAGGUCCUCGUCGCCCGACUGGGCGCUCUACGCGCUGACGGUUCUUGGGUUCUUGCUCCUGCUGUGGGUGGACACGGGGCUCGUCCCCGAGGUCGCGGCCAGGGGGUUCGGCCCCAAGCUGUCGCCGGAGGCCGUCGCGCGGCUGGGCCACGAGGCGCGCCUUGCGCCUGCCGAGCUGGGCCACAGACUGCGCUUCUUGGAGCGAGGGGUCGGGCAGCUCGUCGGCGCCGGCAGGUUCUCCAACUGCAGCUCGAAGGAUUCCGUCUGGCGCCUCCAGCAGAAUGAUCAGCAUUUGUUCCAUUGGCGCUGCUCACUGUACAAGUCGGCGGCAGAGGAGGUCAGCGUCUGGGGGAGCCCUCUCCGGACCUCCGGCCUGCUCCCGUCUACGCUCUCGACACGGCACAUCACCGUCCUCUCCGGCAAGGUCACCGAGUGGUCGGACGGGAGCGUAUUGCCGACGGUGAGGGCGAGCAACGGCAGCUCCUGGAGCUACCGGGGCCGGAGGGCAGCGGCGGUGCUGCUGGAACCACAGACGUGGGUGCUGGAGUACCAGAGGAGCGUGCUGUUCGAGGGGACACGGCUGCUGCCGGCCACUGUAGAGCUGCUGGCGUCCAGGUGCUCGGAAAUGGUGAAACGGGCGCGGCGGAAGCUGUGCAAGAAGCGGUUCCAUGGCGGCGCCGGCGGGAUCCAGACGAAGCCAACUUGACCUGCAGACAGGGUGAUUUUAGCUUUACAUUGGGUCGUCUCAUUUCCUGUGAGAUUGUUAGGAAUAUCCCGUGUUCUUUUGGCUGUAGUGAUGUCUGCUGUCUGCUAUUUCAUCGGAUUGCUCGUUGAUUAGUGGCUGAUCACGGUACUUCUUGUAUGAAUGCAUUAUGUUUGAACAUACAAUCCGGUAGAAUUUCAGUGCAA